UGGAAAACCAUAAAAAUACAAGAUGUCCUCUUUAGCACGGCAGUUACAGCAGCUUCAAAUUCCAGGCAGUUUGCCGUCUGCUGCUGCUAAAACCAGCAAGAAGGCAUCUUUACUCUUUGAUGCUAAAGAAGCGGCGGACAUCGACAACGAAACUAUCUUUUCUAUCGCUCUAAAUGGUCUUGAAGAGUUGAAAGUGAUCGAACCAGGUUUCUCAACAUUCGAUAAUUCCCUAUUUGGUGAUGCUUCCAAGUCAUUGGAGAGGACAUUGCAGUCUAAAGAAGUCAAUGAGAAGUUAGAUCAGCACAUCACAAAGUUCUUGAAAUAUUUAUCUCCGUAUUUCUUGCUGAAACCAGCGCAUAAAGUUUUGGAGUGGCUAAUUCGACGUUACCAGAUUCAUGUUUACAAUGUAGACAGCUUGGUCUGUUGUAUUCUUCCCUUUCACGAAACAAACAUCUUUGCUCGAGUUUUGCAGCUGUUAGCAAUAAAAGAUCCACAUUCCAGGUGGAAUUGGCUGCGUCCAAUUCAAAAGGCCGGUGUUCCUCUUUCCAAGACUGCUUUCUUGCAGCACUGUAUUUCAGAUAGUUCAUUUUUAUCCCUAGUGUGUGACAUGGUAACAGAGGGGAUCAAAUUAAAAAUUCCUCUGUCAAGUUCCAGGGUUUUAAUUACAUUCUACACAACAACAGUUGUUGGGGUGCUGGACAUGAUGCCUUCAGUGACAGAGAAGUUUAUGACACAUUUAUUGCCAUAUUUAUUGGAAGGACUUGGGUCCAGAAUUUCUGAUCUUCUAGCUUCAUCUUACAUGAUAACAGCUCAACUCUGUUUUAAGUGUAACAUGGAGGAAACUUUGGUGAAGUCUCUCACUGAAAGUAUUUGUAAGGUGGGUACAUUUUCACUUUGCCAUAUACAGUGUACUCAAAGCUUCUUGUUCUUAUAUGACAUAUAGGCUUUGAGUAUGUUGAAAACAUAUACAUUUAUAACCUCAGGUCAAUCCAACAUCCAGACAUCUCACAACUUGUUGUGGUACAGUGUACUGACAAGGACUUGAGAUUUGGGUGAGAACAGUUUUAGCUUUAUAUUCCAGAAAGAUGUCCAUCCAUUAGAGAGUGAAGUCACAUACAGCAAAAAUUCAGUUGCAAUAAUUCUAUAAAUCACAACCAGUCUAUAUAUGUAGAUCAAGCCAGUCAUUCCUAGGAGUAUGUCUGAAUAACAAUACUAUCACAAAAACAAGAAUAACAAGUUGAAGACUUAAUGAAUUCUUGAAAUAAAGCCUCAGUCCUACAGAUAUUGAACGUAUUGUUAUACACCAUAUAAUUUAAUUUAUCCUAGAAUCUAAAACCAAGCCUUGCAGUUGAAGGACUUGCUUGUCUAACCUACAUUUGCCAGUCACAAGGCAUCAAGAAACUGUCAAAAAGGUACUUACCUUGUUUUGUUAUGCAUGUUUCACAUAAAUAUUGCUGCCUUCAGUAAACCUUUCAACUGGAACCUAGCUAAAUGCCUGUGACCUUAAUUUAAUUAACUGAUGAUCUCUUUAGCAUGCAAUGUAAAGUGUGUUCCCUUUGUUUGAAGAAAUAAUCCCCCUGACAAAAAAAUCUUCAGUUGAGUCAAUUUCUAAGGCUCAACGAAUCACUGAGCGUCUGACUGACUGUCCGGUAUCCUGACUGUCCGACUGACCCACCAACUGAUUGACUGGUUUAUUGGCCUUUCUGACCCACUGACCUAGACUGAAUGACUGACUGGCUGUUAGGCUGACAGAUGGGAAGACCUCUGUGACUCUUUUACAGACUCACAGACUUCAACUGAUGGGAUCAUUGAAAGGCAGACAGGAAGGGUGUGUUUGUACAGAAUGGUCCAGAUCACGACUUACGAUCCAAGAUCACUGCCUUCAAGAAACUGGUGCCAUUGAUGCAUUAAGUUUCAAGUGACCUCAGAUCAUAAAUCCUGAUCUAGAUCGUCCUAAAGGAAUGCACUCCAAAGAUGUUGAAUGAUACAUUGACUGACUGGCAGAUGGCAUCUGAAUGACUUUCUAAAGAAAGACUGUAGACUGUUGGCUAUUUAUUCUUUGUUUCCUUCACUCUGAAAUAAUAACUAGAAAAUUUCAUUGGCAUUUUGAGUUACUCAAUAAUUUACUCUUGUAGGUCAUUUAAAGCUCUUCUCAAGCAGCCAAAUCUGGUGAAGACCUUCCAUCAGCUGUCCUCCACACAUGUCAUUACUCCCCUGUUGGAAGUCAUCGUACCCCAGAUGGUGUCCGCUGGUAUAAAAAAUGAAUUAUCAGAAGAACAUGCUGAUUCAACAUCAGAAUCCUUGCUUGAAAUUACCAUGGAGUUACUGAAAAACAUUGAUUUUGAAAAGGAAUCUGUUAUCCUUGUGGGCAGGUCAGAACCAAAUUUAGUCAAAUGGUGACUGGCCUGAGAAGACUCAAAAUGAUGAUGAUGAUGAUGGUGACUCUUAGCUUAGUCUCUAGGGACUUAUAUCACUUCUUCGAUAACAGUGAUACAGAAAGCAAGUCAUACAAAAGAAACAGCAGAAAUUAUACUUGAAAUGAAAUAUCCAGUGAAUGAUGAAAGUGUAUUCCCCGUGUUUGAAGGAAAGAUCCUUUUGAGAAGAACUUUUUCUUGUUGAGUACUUUUUCUGACACUGGAUAAUUCAUAAAUCAUUACACCUUACUUUGUGGUAUAUUUUUUUUUGUCAUGACCAUAAUUAUAGACUUUUUAAUUACCACAUCACUCACAAUAUCAUCAGUCACACUAGUUUAGGAGUAGUUUUUAAUAUUGUUUUACAAUGUAAUACUGUUAAUAACAUCUUUGAUUGUGUUUUUGUUUCUUUUUUUUCCCUGUAAUAGAACACUUCUUGAAGAAUAUUGCUAUGCUUGUGAAACACUCGGUGGAAAUAAGAUUGAAAUANUAGUUUUUAAUAUUGUUUUACAAUGUAAUACUGUUAAUAACAUCUUUGAUUGUGUUUUUGUUUCUUUUUUUUCCCUGUAAUAGAACACUUCUUGAAGAAUAUUGCUAUGCUUGUGAAACACUCGGUGGAAAUAAGAUUGAAAUAAACAAGUUAAAUGAUAAAGUGAAAGAUAUUGUACAGACUUUGGAAAGAAGGUCAGUUUGAACAUUCCUUGUCAGUUGUGGAGUUAUAAAAAUUUUAUAGCCAGCUUACUUUCUGAUUACUGGUACUCUGGAGUUUUUAUUAGUUUGAAAAAGCCUUUAUGCCAAUUCACACCAAAUUAACCAGGUUUUAAAAAAUGAAAAACAGACAUGGAAGCUGGAACACAGGUUUUCACACAGGAUUCUAAUGAGAUUCAACAUGUUUUGUAAUUUGCACUAAUUUUCCUGUAAGCAGCUUUUGUGAAGGAAACAAUUUUAAACCAUGUUUAACUAAACAGCUUUAAACAUGUUUGAGCUUUGGUGUAAAUGGGGAUAAAGCUAUAGAUACUAAUUUUACAUUGUAUUUCCUUUAUAGGCAUCUCUUCUCAACGUCUCAAUUGAAUAUGCUAACUGAGGUUUAUCUCUUUGGUUCAUCCAGGUACCCAACAGAACUGGAAAAGGCCAUUGAAGGACAUCUAGGGUCUCUCAGAGGUAAAGAAGAUACCCCUGAAGGAGGAGCAGGAGGUAUAGGGGCCCAGAGCUCUGUCUGGACAAUGGAGCUUGUUUCUAUGGCACUUACAGGGGUCCAGUCACAGGUAACAGCAUCUUUUUAAAAAACACUCAGAGGUCUCCCUGAAUAAUUUUUCUUUGAUAAGGUUACUUGUAUCAAAGUUUUACAGAUAAACUGAAAAGAGAUGUCAAGAGUGAUUUAAGAUAUAUAGACCAUCUACACAGCGUUGUAACAAAGCUGUAAUACUUUUUGUUCAGGUUAUCCCAGACACCAACACGACAUUAGUCUUGAGUCUUCAUCACCCUCAAGCGCAAAUGCGAGAAUUUGCAGUUAAACGCCUUGGAGACCUUCUGGAAGGAAAAGAGGUGAAGCUCAUAAACUAA